AUGAUACUCCGCAAGGAAAAAAAGUCCAUUUUCGUUUUUCACUCUACCUAUAAUUUAUUCUCGAAUUUAUUCAAGAUCAUUCUUGAUAUCUAUCUAUCUCUGCUUGUGCACAUCUAUCUAUCUAUCUAUCUAUCUAUCUAUCUAUCUAUCUAUCUAUCUAUCUAUCUAUCUAUCUAUCUAUCUAUCUCUGCUUGUGCACAUCUAUCUAUCUAUCUAUCUCUGCUUGUGCACAUCUAUCUAUCUAUCUAUCUAUCUAUCUAUCUAUGUAUCUCUGCUUGUGCACAUCCAUCCAUCUAUCUAUCUCUGCUUGUGCACAUCUAUCUAUCUAUCUAUCUAUCUAUCUAUCUAUCUAUCUCUGCUUGUGCACAUCCAUCCAUCCAUCUAUCUAUCUAUCUAUCAUGCACUAUCUAUCUAUCUAUCUAUCUAUCUAUCUAUCUAUCUCUGCUUGUGCACAUCCAUCCAUCCAUCUAUCUAUCUAUCUAUCUAUCUAUCUAUCUCUGCUUGUGCACAUCCACCUAUCUAUCUAUCUAUCUAUCUCGACUGUUUAUUGAAAAUAUUCCUUGUCCUUUUGCGUAUCUGACUUUUAUUGCUGGUAAUAUUUUUUAUCUAUCUAUCUAUCUAUCUAUCUAUCUAUCUAUCUAUCUAUCUCACAAUUUUUUUUUAUUGCUGGUAAUAUUUUCUAUCUAUCUAUCUAUCUAUCUAUCUAUCUAUCUAUCUAUCUCAUGUUGCAUAUUUACAGGUCCAUCUACUUGUACCAUACCAGUCUUUUCGCAUGUAUCUAUAUAUGUCGGUCUUUAUCUAUCUAUCUUUGUCGGUAUCUAUCUAUCUAUCUAUCUAUCUAUCUUUGUCGGUAUCUAUCUAUCUAUCUAUCUAUCUAUCUAUCUUUGUCGGUAUCUAUCUAUCUAUCUAUCUAUCUAUCUAUCUAUCUUUGUCGGUAUCUAUCUAUCUAUCUAUCUAUCUAUCUAUCUAUCUAUCUAUCUCAGAAUAUUACAUAAUGAAUAUUUAAGUAAAAUCUUACGGUUUGUCCAUCUAUCUAUCUGUCUAACUAUCUAUCUCGUACUGUUCUUUAUCUAUCUAUCUAUCUAUCUAUCUAUCUAUCUAUCUAUCUAUCUAUCUCGUACUGUUCAUUGUCCAUCUAUCUAUCUGUCUAUCUAUCUCGUACUGUUCAUUGUCCAUCUAUCUAUCUGUCUAUCUAUCUAUCUCGUACUGUUCAUUGUCCAUCUAUCUAUCUAUCUAUCUAUCUAUCUAUCUAUCUAUCUAUCUAUCUAUCUAUCUCGUACUGUUCAUUGUCCAUCUAUCUAUCUAUCUCGUACUGUUCAUUAUCUAUCUAUCUAUCUAUCUCGUACUGUUCAUUAUCUAUCUAUCUAUCUAUCUAUCUAUCUCGUACUGUUCAUUGUCCAUCUAUCUAUCUAUCUAUCUAUCUAUCUAUCUAUCUAUCUAUCUAUCUCGUACUGUUCAUUAUCUAUAUAUCUAUCUAUCUAG